AUAAAAAGUUAGAAGAAGACUGAGGGAGUAGGAACUCGGUUCGGGCCGGAAAGUAUCGGGGCGGGCACGAUCUAAAAAUUGCCGUCCAAUCGGGACGAAAUCGAGGAAAAUAACAGGGAGACACCUCUUCUCGCCUUUCCCCCUUACACAAAUCAAAGAUCUCUUCACAGUUCCCAGUAGAUCGAUCUCUACGUUCUCACCUCCUCAAGUGACGUAGAUCUCUUGAGACGCGAUGGCCAUGAUUGAUGAGCCUCUCUAUCCAAUUGCCGUCCUAAUCGACGAGCUCAAAAAUGAAGAUAUUCAGCUCCGAUUAAACUCGAUCCGCCGGCUCUCCACAAUCGCUCGCGCCCUUGGGGACGAGAGGACCAGGAAGGAGCUGAUUCCUUUUCUCAGCGAGAACAACGAUGACGAUGAUGAAGUGCUUCUUGCAAUGGCCGAGGAAUUGGGGGUGUUCAUUCCCUAUGUUGGAGGUGUUGAUUUUGCGAAUGUGCUGCUUCCACCAUUAGAAACUCUCUGCACAGUUGAAGAAACGUGUGUGAGGGACAAAGCAGUGGAGUCCUUGUGUAGAAUUGGGGCGCAAAUGAAAGAACAGGACUUGGUUGAGUACUUCAUUCCCCUGGUUAAGAGACUGGCUGCUGGUGAGUGGUUUACUGCUCGAGUCUCCUCAUGUGGCUUGUUCCAUAUUGCUUAUCCAAGUGCCCCAGAGACAUUAAAGACUGAGCUACGAACAAUUUACAGUCAGCUUUGUCAAGAUGACAUGCCUAUGGUUAGGAGAUCUGCUGCAACAAACCUGGGAAAAUUUGCUGCUACUGUUGAAGCUGCAUAUUUGAAAACUGACAUUAUGUCGAUAUUUGAGGAUCUGACUCAAGAUGAUCAAGAUUCUGUUCGGUUACUGGCUGUUGAAGGUUGUGCAGCACUUGGAAAAUUGUUGGAACCUCAAGAUUGUGUGGCACAUAUUCUCCCUGUCAUAGUUAAUUUCUCACAGGAUAAAUCUUGGCGUGUCCGUUAUAUGGUAGCAAAUCAAUUAUAUGAACUAUGUGAAGCCGUAGGUCCUGAACCUACCAGGUCGGACCUGGUACCUGCAUAUGUUCGGCUACUUCGUGAUAAUGAGGCUGAAGUACGCAUAGCUGCUGCCGGAAAAGUUACUAAGUUCUGCCGGAUAUUGAGUCCAGAACUCGCAAUUCAGCAUAUCCUUCCCUGUGUGAAGGAACUGUCAACAGACUCGUCUCAGCAUGUUCGUUCUGCAUUGGCUUCUGUUAUAAUGGGAAUGGCACCAGUUUUAGGAAAGGAUGCUACAAUUGAGCAACUGCUUCCUAUUUUUCUUUCCCUUUUAAAGGACGAGUUUCCCGAUGUCCGGCUGAAUAUUAUCAGCAAGCUUGAUCAAGUUAACCAGGUCAUCGGAAUUGAUCUACUGUCACAGUCUCUCUUGCCAGCAAUUGUUGAGCUUGCUGAGGAUAGACACUGGAGGGUUCGGCUUGCAAUAAUAGAAUAUAUACCUUUGUUGGCAAGUCAAUUGGGUGUAGGUUUUUUUGAUGACAAGCUCGGUGCUCUUUGCAUGCAAUGGUUAAAAGAUAAGGUUUACUCAAUUCGUGAUGCAGCUGCAAAUAAUGUGAAACGCCUCGCAGAAGAAUUUGGCCCAGAGUGGGCAAUGCAGCACAUAAUUCCACAGGUCUUGGACAUGAUUAACAACCCCCACUAUCUGUAUCGGAUGACCAUUCUACAUGCAAUUUCUCUACUUGCUCCUGUUAUGGGCCCAGAAAUUACUUGUUCCAAACUUCUGCCCGUGGUCAUCAAUGCAUCAAAAGACAGGGUUCCUAACAUCAAGUUCAAUGUGGCUAAAGUGUUGCAGUCACUUAUUCCCAUAGUUGAUCAGUCUGUGGUGGAGAAAACAAUUCGUCCAUGUCUGGUUGAACUGAGUGAGGAUCCAGAUGUUGAUGUCAGGUUCUUUGCUACCCAAGCACUACAGUCAAGUGAUCAAGUCAUGAUGUCUACUUAGAUUGACCACGCCAUUGAUUUUUUUUUUUUUCCUUUCCUUCUAAUUUUCUGUUCUGUUUCUCUGUCCUAUUUGGAUAACAUACUGAUAUGUAUUAUCUUGAGGUGCUAGAAGAUUUCUUUUCUUUUUCCCAGCCCAACAAUUUUUUGCCCUCGGAUUCCCCAAGACUAUUUGUGCAUAAAAUUAUGUCUCGUGUCAUGCAACUACAUUUAGCUGAUAUGAUCAUGUAAUCAUCCUUGUUGGAUUUUA